GGAGAAUAAACGAAGGAUCAGCAUUUACAGUAGAGCAUAAAAUAAACAACUCGGUAGAAUCUCAUGGAUGUGUUCAAGUUUAAAAGUGUCGACCUGCAGUCGGCCAAAAACCAGCUCAACCACAAGACCAACGGUCUGAGCUCCAGCACUUUGGUCCUGAGGAGAGGACAGGCCUUUCAGAUUCUGGUGAGCUUCGAUGGACGGGCAUUUGAUCCACGCAAGGAUAAACUUGUCUUCCAAGUCGUCCUAGGUCCGCUGUCUGUCGAACUGCCUGUUUCUGGGACUGGACUGCCCUCCUCUGGGUCUGGACUGCCCGCCUCUGGGACUGGACUGCCCUCCUCUGGGUCUGGACUGCCCGCCUCUGGGACUGGACUGCCCUCCUCUGGGACUGGACUGCCCUCCUCUGGGUCUGGACUGCCUGUGUCUGGGACCGGACAACCAUCUAAGACUCAAUGGAGUGCCACUCUGGAGAAGGGUGUCCCCAAUCCAAACUCCCCCCGCACAAUAUCAGUCUCGGUGCUCAGCACACCAUCUGCGUCUGUGGGAGUUUACACACUCAGCCUGAGAGUCGAGAACCGCACGAGUGUGAAGACCCACUCGCUCGGUCAGUUCACGCUGCUCUGCAACCCUUGGUGUCAAGGUGAUUCUGUGUUUCUGAGCUCUGAGGAGCUGAGAGAUGAAUAUGUAAGGAGUGAUAUUGGACUGCUGUUUAAAGGUACAUCGAGUAACUACGUCUCCAGACCGUGGUCUUUUGAACAGUAUGAAAAGGGGAUAUUGGACAUUUGUAUGAAACUGCUGCAGUUGAGUCCCCAGUAUCUAACCGACAAGAGAAAAGAUUUACUGAACCGCAGCAAUCCGGUCUACAUUGGCAGAGUGAUCUCAGCUAUGGUGAACUCUCAGGAUGAUAGGGGUGUGCUAAUGGGAAACUGGUCAGGUGAAUACAAUGGUGGCAUUAACCCAUCAACAUGGUCUGGCAGUGCAGAUAUCCUCAGGAAAUGGUCAGAAUCACAAUUCAGGCCUGUUAAAUAUGGCCAGUGCUGGGUGUUUGCAGCAGUCAUGUGCACAGUAAUGAGGGCACUCGGUAUUCCAACUCGUGCGGUCACCAACUUUAGCUCCGCCCACGACACAAAUGGAAACAUGGUGAUUGAGGAAUAUUACUCAGAGUUGGGGAAAAAGCUAUCUCUCAGCAAGGAUAGCAUCUGGAACUUCCAUGUGUGGGUGGAGUCGUGGAUGAAGAGGCCUGAUCUGGGUCAAGAGUACGAUGGUUGGCAGGUUCUCGACCCCACACCACAGGAACCCAGCGCAGGAAUGUAUAGAUGCGGUCCCGCUGCUCUGAAGGCCAUUCUUGACAGGAAGGUUGAGGCCCAGUACGAUGUACCGUUUGUCUACGCUGAAGUGAAUGCUGAUGUGCGUACAAUGAUUGUGCGUGAUGGGGAGGUUUUGUCGUCCGAGACUGAUACUAAAAGAGUCGGAGCCCUGAUCUGCACCAAGCGUCCAGGAUCCAUGCAAAUGUUAAACAUCACCUCAAAAUAUAAAAUCGAGACAGUUGAAAGAAAACCUGCCCCCGCUGCAAAUGCAUUUGGGGAAACAUCAAGAGUUAUUCCUAAGGAUGUUGUUGUGUCUCUGAGUCUUCUGAAGACCCCUGUAGUCGGAGAAAACAUUUUAUUCAACGUCACAAUCACCAACAACGAGAGCACACACAAAGAGCUUAAAGCACACGUCAAUGCUCAGAACAAAGAGUACAACAGCAAUCCCACCGACACCUUCUGGGAGGCUCAUAAUGACCUGAAGCUCGCUCCUAACGAAACUCAUACUUUCAAACAUGAGAUCUCUUCCAGCGAUUAUGCAUCUAAAGAGUUGAGGGAGGAUUAUCUGGUUAACCUGGCUGUGGUUAUAGAGGACGUGGAGACUCAGAAGAGAACGCUGGCUUCUCAAGAGUUUAACAUCAUCAGCCCUACUCUCACUAUACAGAUCGCCAACGAGAACUCUGUCGUAGUUAAUACGCAGCAAGUUGCCACGGUGACCUUCACGAGCCCCUUCGCCGUUCCAGUGAAUGGAGAGCUUACGGUUAUGGGUUCAGGACUCUUGGAAGAGAAAGUUCAAAUCAGACUCACACUGAAGCCUGGAGAGGCCAUGAAAAGACCCGUUCAGUUCACUCCAAAGAUGACAGGUUCCAAGAUGCUCCAGGCUAGUUUAGUGUUGACAAACCUGGCCAGUGUCCUUCAUGGGUUCAAGACUAUUAAUGUUAAACAGGCUUGAAGAGGGUGAACGGUUAAAAGAUUUAUGGGAAACUGUGUAUGAACUCUACUCAGCAUAUUUUUAAUCUGUGUUUUUUAUAUUAUGUUUAUUCAGAACAAAUCAGUAGUUUUCCUUAUUUGUAAGUUAAAACAUCUGCUAAAGAAAUAAAUGUAAACGUGAAAGAAAUCCUUAUGUAAAGUAAUAAACUAACUAUGGAA